CUCCGCCUGCCCUAUAUAAAGAGGUGGAGCUCCGGAAAGGGAGCGAGUGUCGGAGGGAAGGGGGUGCUGGAGAGUUGGGUUGCAGAACUGAGAGCGGCACCACCAUGGCAGACCAGUCUUUUGUGACACUAGCCACAAAUGAUUCCUAUGUAAAAGGAGCACUCGUCCUUGGAUCAUCGCUACGGAAUUACAGAACAACAAGGAAGUUGACAGUAUUGAUCACUCCCCAUGUAUCUGAUGCAAUGAGGACAGUCUUAGAAAAGGUCUUUGAUGAAGUGAAGCUGGUGGAUGUUUUGGACAGUGGUGAUUCAGCCCAUCUUGCACUAUUGAAAAGGCCUGAACUUGGUGUUACUUUGACAAAACUCCACUGCUGGGAACUAACACAGUAUUCAAAGUGUGUGUUUAUGGAUGCAGAUACAAUGGUCUUGUCAAACAUCGAUGAACUUUUUGAAAGAGAAGAACUUUCUGCAGCCCCAGAUCCAGGUUGGCCUGACUGUUUCAAUUCAGGAGUUUUUGUCUAUAGGCCUUCCAUUGAAACAUUCAAUCAGCUGUUACAACUUGCCACAGAGAAAGGCAGCUUUGAUGGAAAAAAUAAUGGAUCCAGGAAACUACAGACCUAUCAGCCUGACAUCAAUACCUGGGAAGAUUCUGAAAAAGAUAAUCAAGCAACAAAUCUGCGAACACCUAGAGGUGGGGACCAGGGUCUGUUGAACACUUUCUUCAGCAGUUGGGCAACUACAGAUAUUAGCAAGCAUCUCCCAUUUAUUUAUAACUUAAGCAGCAUUUCUAUUUAUUCCUACCUCCCAGCAUUUAAAGCGUUUGGGAUGAAUGCUAAAGUUGUGCACUUUCUAGGGAGAGUGAAACCAUGGAAUUAUACGUAUGACUCCAAAGCAAAAAGUGUCAAAGAAGAUGCUCAAGAUCCCACAAUGAUUCAUCCAGAGUUCCUCAAUAUGUGGUGGGACACUUUUGUCACAAAUAUCUUACCAUUAUUACAGCAGCAUGGUGUAAUCAAAGAUACAGCUACUGGUGUAAAGGCGCUGUCGGGCUUGGUCUAUACACUGGCUUUCUCUUGUGGCUUCUGCAGAGAGGAAGAGGUAACAGAGGCAGUGUCCCACCUGUCACUUUCAGCAGCAGCAAUGCCACAUUCGCCACCAUCACCACCAGCUAUGUCCUCAGAAGAACGUAAAGAAAAAUGGGAGCAAGGUCAGGCUGACUACAUGGGAGCAGACAGCUUUGACAACAUCAAGAAAAAACUUGACACCUACCUCCAGUAAAAGCACUUGUAUUUGCUCCCCCAAAUAUCAGCAAUACAAGGACUUGUUUCAGAGCUGUAGCAACUAGAAAAGUCAGCUAGGGUCAGUUAAGUUUUCCAGAAGCAUUGCCACUGCUCAACUGAAGGCUUUUGGUAAUACUGCAGGUAAGAACUGAGCAAAAGCUGUUUUAAGUAUGAAUUUUUGUGCCAAUCAUGUGUCCAAGUCAGAUAUUUUUCUUUUGCUCAAAAACUCAUGAAUAUGCCUGCAAAGACCUGAGAACAGGACACUGCACUGGCCUGAAACAUACUACUUAGACCUAAAAGACUGUGCAUUACCUCUCCUUCUUUUCACACAUGCACACCAAUAUUGUUCUGCUUGCUACAAUAAAAUAAUGGCUAGAGAUUCAGGCAGCUAUAAUGGAAGAGCCUUACAAUACUAGCAUACGUAUAUGCAACUUGGUAACUGUAAAGUUACCUUUCUGCCAGUUCCAGCCAUUUCUGACCAGAUUUCUAUGCACAAAACUACAGCAUGGCAAAUGCUUUUGUUCAGUUCUCUGUAUGACUGAGACAAGUAAAUCUGAACUGUAAUGACACUCAAAGUACAAAAUAAAAAUAUUGUUGAAAAUUGUCAACCCAUCAAGUGGCAAUAAAAUCUGUGACCCUC